GGCGUAGGGCUUGAUUGACGAACCUAGCUUGAUAUGGCGGGGAGGCUGAUACGAUUAAUGCAGUACUAUUCUAUUUGAGUAGUGACCGGAGUCAGGGCCAGUCGUGUCGACCAUGCUGUGACCUUUCAUGGGAUCCUAGUCACGUGGAGGAAAGUGGGAGCCACCAGAACGACAUCAAGAUGUUCGAGUGCUUCCUGGAAAUAGCCUUCGAGGCCGAGGUGCUCACCGAGGAGCACCCAGAGCUUCAGGAGCUAGCGCGGCAGCUGGUGCACGAGGACCCGGCCACCAGGCCCGCCGCCAUCCAGGAGCUCCGGGACAUGAUAUACGAGCGCGGGGAGUGCGCACCGCGGCGCAUGGACGACGCGUUCCUGCUGCGGUUCCUGCGCGCGCGCCGCUUCGUCGUGCCGCGCGCGCACAAACAGCUGGUGCGUUAUUGCCGGUUCCUGGAGCAGUAUCCCGAGCUGUACCGAGAUGUGGACCUGUGGGGACUGGCCCGAGUGGGCUGCGCGUACGAGGGCUGCAUGCUGGACCGGCCGGGCGUCGGCCGCGUCACUAUACUACGGUUCGGAACAUGGAACCCUGAUGACUACCCCGUGGAGGAGCUGGUGAAGGUGGGCAUGGCCAUGAUGGAGAUCGGGCUGCGCUCGCCCAAAAUGCAGGUUCUUGGCGGCACCGUGAUCGUGGACAUGGCCGGCAUCACCAUGAAGCACGUGGCCACGCUCACGCCGACCAUCGCCUACCAGAUCGUGUGCCUCAUGGGGUUGGCGAUCCCCUGCGUAAUGCACUCGUGCCACAUCGUCAAUUACAACUGGCUCCUCAACACCUUCUUCUUCCUCUUCAAACGCUUCAUCCCCAAGAAGGCGUGGAAGAUGAUCCACUUCCACGGCCACGACCUGGAGUCGCUGCACCAGCUGGUGGACCCCGAGUGCCUCCCGCCGCGGUACGGGGGCACCUGCCGGCAUCACGCCACCAUCGGGACCUGGUUUAACAAGAUCAGGAAGUACAGGGACGAAUCCUUCGAUCGGGAUAUGAAAGAGUUCGGCUGGGUGAUAAAGGAGUGAUGGACGGAUGAAUAAUCGUAAGGGUCGGCACCGUUAACGUCGCUAAACUUAAUUGGAAAUGUUAUAGUUGACUGCUGAUCGCCGUUGAACUAUCCGUCUAUUGGUGCAACCUCUAAAGGGAUUGUAUGGAAUAAAUAGUUGCACAACUAUUUUUAAAUGCUUUAAAAUUAGGUACGAAAAUAAGUUCUAAUUACAAUUUGAUAUAACUUAUGAUUGCGUGCACAUUGAUUGCUUAUUAUGUGUAAGAAUUGAGAUUCUGAUAACAGACAAUAAUUCAUUUAUGGUCGGCGUCAUGUAUAAAUUAAAAUGUCUUUUGAUUUUUAUACAAAACAGUUCUUUGUAAUAUUUUACACUAUACUCGGCCCGGGGAGCCUUCAUUGAUCCCUACGACAGUUCAUGUUAGUGAUGGGUCGUGUCGAUGUCACUUAGUCGAUAUCUUCCAAACGGAGUAAGUUUUGCAGGGCGUAAACGUAAAGUCUGAUUGAGAUCAUUUCUUUUUAAUGUUAAGAAUUGUUAUAAUUCCAACGGAAUAUCAUUGUAAUGGCAUAUAUCUACCUAAAAUUAAUAACUGUAAUUUUUAGACGCCUCCAACUCGAUUCUAAUGUAACGGUGACGCCACUACAAUAAGGUUGUGUCGUGGGAAUAGCUGUCAGUGUCAUAGGGAUCAAGGUUCCCCGGGCCGGGUACAGGUGUGUGUGGAGGUACUAAUACGAUCUCAUAUUAAUUAUAGUAAGUAAAUUGUUGGGAAUUGAAGGUACCCUAGUAACCUAUAUUUUCAUCCUACUAGUCCAUAAAAAUAACUAGCAUCAAUGCAAUGUCUGUACAAAAUAGUAGACUGAAUUAAGACAUUUUUUUACCGAAUACAGCACACUUAUGUGACAAUGAUAAUGUUGUUCUACUUGAUGGUCCGAUGUUGGCCUCAUUCAGUAAUUAAAUAAUAUAAGUCCACCGAGUUUGGGCUCGUUAGAAUCGUUUCGAUAAAUAGAAAAGUACAGUCGGUAACAAAAGCUUGUUUAAUUAUUGAAUUAUUUUUGGCAAACACUUGUUGUAAUUUUAGAUGUAUGUGUUUAUACCUAAAAACAUAGUAAUUGAUUUAAAGAAACCGGCAUAAAAAAUUUUACGCAUCGACAUGUACAAAAUAAAAGCGUUCGUUUGA